CAUCCAUCCGCAGCUCAAAACUUUUCCCUCUGCCUCUCUUCUCUUCUCUCCCCUUCCGCUGCUUUCUCGUUCUUCCGCGCUUGAUUCGGGUAGACGACCUUUCUUUACCUGCGUCUCCUGGCCAUCCUCUCGUUGGCUUCGUUUCCCAUCUUUACCUUUUUUCCCCCUCACAUUUUCUUAUCCAACUCACCAUGUCCGGAGUUACGCCCGUUGCUGUCUACGCCCUCCGGGUUCCCGCUGGCGGAGCCAUGAUCCCAGCGGUUCCUCCUCAGGCUGCUGCCAUGUUCCGUGUCAGCAUGGCUGCCAUUGACCCCGACGAGGCUCCCGAGUACGAGGAUGGUUUCGACUCCAACAAGCGCCCCCGUGCCACCCUGAAGCUUGUGCGCGCCCCUCCCGGUCUCGACAUCGACGAGGAGGACGAUGAGGACUGGGAAGAUGACGAGGAUGAUGAGGACUCCGACGAGGAGGAGGUCAACGGCGGCCCCAGCGACAAGGAGAAGGCCCGCAAGCUCAAGCUGGCUGCUGCUCGCAAGGAGCUCGAGGAGGCCAUGGACGAGGACGACGAUGAGGACUCUGAGGAGAGCGAUUUCGACCUGAAGGCCGCCAUCUCCAAGCUGAUCAAGGGCAAGGGCCCCGCUAACGAUGACGAGUCGGAUGUCGAUUCCGAUGAGGGUCUGGAGCUGGACGAGACCGUCAUCUGCACCCUGGACCCCGAGAAGAACUGCCAGCAGCCUCUGGACAUCACCGUCGCCGACGAUGAGCGUGUCUUCUUCAAGGUGACCGGUACCCACACCAUCUACUUGACCGGAAACUACGUCAUGCCCGUCGAUGACCACCACCACGACCACGAUGAGGAGUCCGACGAGGAAGACUACGACCUCUCCCCCGAUGAGGAUGAGCUGGACCUCGACGAGCUGAUGGGUGAGGAUGACGAGAGCGACGACCUCGACGACCUUGAGGACCCCCGCAUCACCGAGGUCGACAGCGAGGAGGACGAGGCCCCCAAGCUCGUGGAAUCCAAGAGCAACAAGAAGCGUGCCGCCGAGCCUGAGGAGCCCAAGCCUGCCGCCAACGGUGAGCCGGCCUUGAGCAAGAAGCAGCAGAAGAAGCUCAAGAAGAACAACGGCGAGGCCGCCCCCGUUGAGGAGAAGAAGGAGGCCAAGGAGGGCAAGGAGGCCAAGAAGGUCCAGUUCGCCAAGAACCUCGAGCAGGGCCCUACUGGCUCCACCCAGAAGCCCGCUGAGAAGACCACUGGCACCCUCGGUGUCAAGGAGGUCAAGGGCGUCAAGAUCGACGACAAGAAGCUCGGCCAGGGUGUUGCUGCCAAGGCUGGUAACACCGUGGCCAUGCGCUACAUCGGCAAGCUCGAGGAUGGCAAGGUUUUCGAUUCCAACAAGAAGGGCAAGCCUUUCACCUUCAAGCUCGGCAAGGGCGAGGUCAUCAAGGGCUGGGACAUCGGUGUCGCCGGCAUGGCCGUCGGUGGUGAGCGCCGCAUCAGCAUCCCCCCUCACCUCGCCUACGGCAAGCGCGCUCUUCCCGGCAUCCCCGGCAACUCGAAGCUGAUCUUCGACGUCAAGCUCCUCGAGAUCAAAUAGAUGGGUGGCCGGCGCUACCCGGGUGUGCCGCGUCGCUCGUUGCUCGGACACAUCCGCCAUCUAAUUGCAUAGUUGUUCCUUCAUAUUAUUUUGCUUAAAAGGUGUUUGGGGUUUUUCCAAUCUGACAUCAGUCCUGUGAUAUCCGACUUGUUUUUCUCUUGCACAGCCUUCCGAUGCAUUGGCAGGGAUGAGGAUAUUGCAAGCGAUCCAAGUAUCUUUGUCUAAUGAAAAGUGGCUUUGGUUUGAACCAUCAGUUUGGAGCC